ACUAGGAUGUCCCGACAUGAAGGUGUCAGCUGUGAUGCAUGUUUAAAAGGAAAUUUUCGAGGUCGCCGAUACAAGUGUUUAAUUUGCUACGACUACGAUCUGUGCGCAACUUGUUAUGAAAGUGGUGCAACGACGACACGGCAUACAACUGAUCAUCCAAUGCAGUGCAUAUUAACGAGAGUAGAUUUCGAUUUGUACUAUGGUGGAGAAGCUUUCUCUGUAGAGCAGCCACAGUCUUUCACUUGUCCUUAUUGUGGGAAAAUGGGUUAUACAGAAACAUCUCUUCAAGAACAUGUUACUUCUGAGCAUGCAGAAACAUCAACAGAAGUGAUUUGUCCAAUAUGUGCAGCAUUACCUGGAGGGGAUCCGAAUCAUGUCACAGAUGACUUUGCAGCUCAUCUUACACUGGAACACAGAGCUCCUAGAGAUUUAUACGAUGAAUCCAGUGGUGUUCGGCAUGUACGUAGGAUGUUCCACCCAGGCCGGGGUUUGGGAGGCCCCCGCGCACGUAGAUCAAACAUGCACUUUACUACCAGUUCUGCUGCUGGGCUUUCAUCUUCUCAGAGUUCGUAUUCUCCAAGCAAUAGAGAAGCCAUGGAUCCUAUAGCUGAGCUUUUAUCUCAGCUAUCAGGCGUGAGGCGUUCUGCAGGAGGACAGCUGAACUCCUCUGGCCCUUCUGCUUCUCAGUUACAGCAGCUGCAGAUGCAACUGCAGUUGGAACGACAACACGCACAGGCAGCAAGACAACAACUGGAGACUGCACGCAAUGCAACUAGGCGUACUAACACGAUCAAUAUCAGCACUAUGACACAAUCUACAACAACCACCAACACAUCUAACACAGAAAACAGUCAGCAGACUGUCCAGAACUCCCAGUUUCUUCUUACAAGGUUGAAUGACCCGAAGAUGUCAGAAGCAGAGCGUCAGUCGAUGGAAAGUGAACGGGCAGACUGCAGUCUGUUUGUUCAGGAGCUUCUACUGUCCACUUUGAUGCGGGAAGAAAGUUCCUCCUCAGAUGAGGAUGAGCGGGGGGAGAUUGCAGAUUUUGGUGCUAUGGGCUGUGUAGAUAUUAUGCCUCUAGAUGUUGCUUUAGAAAACCUAAACUUAAAAGAGAGUAAUAAAGGAAAUGAGCCUCCUCCACCUCCUCUUUGAUGACAUCCCACUUUGCAGACAAUGUCCUCUGUGCUGUAUUUGCCAAUGAAAGUGGACAACAACAUUCUUGGGUUUGUUUUGGUGAUUGUAAUUUCAGGUCUGUCACUCUUGUUACAUUGUGUACAUUCAAAAGAAAGAGAGAAAAGAUAUAUAUGAUAAUCAUUUCCACUUAACUAAUUUUUACUUUUGGCAGGUAAAUGUAGGAUGCAGUGCAGAGCAAAAAGCUCUGUGUCCUGUACCUUGACAUGCAAAAGGCUCUCCUAAUACUCCACAUUCAAACUGAAGAGGAAAAAAAAAUGAAAAAUCUCUAAUGAAGCUGCUGUGUGUAUUUAUGAAUAUUAAUGAAUAAAAACUGCUUGGAUGGUUUACCUUAACUACUGCAUGACGUUUUUGCAGCGUGCAUGAACUUUAGUGACCUUGUCUUUGAAAAAAAUUUAAAUGCAAAGAGUAAAAUUACAAAACGUGAAGCUUUCCCAUUAUUCAGAGGUUACGUGUGAAAAAAUUACUUUCUGGCUACAAAUUGCUAGUCAGCAAGAGGUUUUAAAUACUAUGUGACAGAACAAUGUCUUUGUGCUGUCCUUGCACAGGGUGGAUCUGUAGUGACCAGGGUGUGGCAUUUUGCUGUAUGUGACCAUAAUGUUGCCUGUUAGCCAUCACCUCAAUGUGGAGUUGAAUUUCAUUUUAUGCAUCUGUGGGAGACACAACAGUAAGGGCACUCUUGGAAGCUACUGAAAGGGGCUUUUGUGUUUCCUGAAG